UCCACCACCAUGGCAUCCACCUCCGGAGUUGGGUCGUAUUCGAACCCUUUGAAGAAAUUCAAGCUGGUAUUCUUGGGCGAACAGAGUGGUACGGACAUCCACUACGACUAUACUUCACCCAUUGGCGCCACCCGGUCUCUGACAUCUGCCUUACAGUUGGGAAAACCUCGUUGAUCACCCGGUUCAUGUACGAUUCGUUUGACAACACGUACCAAGCCACCAUUGGAAUCGAUUUCUUGUCAAAGGUAUUCCACGCCUCGUCGACUGCUUCCCAUGCAAAACAAGCCUAUAUCUCGCCGUUCCUACCCGGGUCUCAUCAUUUCCUAUACGCACCCGCUGCUCCAGGAGGCUAAUUCGCACUGUUCGUCUUAGACUAUGUACUUGGAAGAUAGAACCGUCCGCCUUCAGCUUUGGGAUACGGCCGGUCAAGAGCGAUUCCGAUCUUUAAUUCCUUCCUAUAUCCGCGACUCCAGUGUUGCUGUUGUGGUCUACGAUAUCUCCAACGCCAAGUCUUUCCAAAACACUCGCAAGUGGAUUGACGACGUCCGCGGAGAGCGUGGAAAUGAUGUGAUCAUUGUCCUGGUUGGCAACAAGACCGAUUUAAACGAUAAGCGCGAGGUCACGACGGCGCAGGGCGAGGAGGAGGCGAAGAAGAACGGCUUGAUGUUUAUCGAGACCAGUGCGAAAGUUGGUCAUAAUGUGAAGCAGCUUUUCCGGAGAAUAGCGCAAGCACUACCAGGCAUGGAGGGCGAGGGCAACCGAGGAGACAAUCAAAGUUUGUUUCCACCUGCACACCCAACUAUCAUCACAUGGUCUUGAAUACUGACAAAAGUUCAACAGUGAUUGAUGUCAACAUCACCCCGAAAGAGACCACGACCAACGAUGGAUGCGCCUGUUAGAUGCCGUACUC